UAUCAUAUUCAUGACUUAAUUUUCGUGAAAUCUAUAGUGAAUCAAUAAAAGUUCUCCGUCUUCUUUUAAAACUCUUAUUUAGAUAGCAUUUUUCCAACUACUCACUGUUUUUGUAUUCCGGGUUUCUUGACCCAUACAAGAUACGUCAGAUACACUCUCAUGUAUGUACACCAAAUGUAGAGUUGAGGUGAAAUGGCAAUUGUAACUGCUACAUCCCUGCAGUCAUUCCAGAGUUUGAAGCCAGGAACAAUGCCUAGAUUGGCUGCGCCUAGGCAUUUUGUUCCAUUUCUACCUUCCUCUGGAUUCAAAUGUACUCGCCAUUGUGGAUUCAAUGUGAAGUUCUGCUGCUGCUGGCAUCAAUGGAGGAGAGGUGAUUUGAUGAAGUCGAGUGCCAGAACUUGUGAUGUGAUUCGUACAACAGCUAUAGUCAGAGAAAGAGGGGAGAAAGUCGAGGAUUAUUUAUUAUGUGAUGGUGAGGAUACUGGCAAUUCAAUUGGAAAGGAGGGUGCUAAUGCUUCACCAAAGGUGCAAGAACGAGACUUUACAGGGACUCCUUAUGUCCCUGUGUAUGUCAUGCUACCUCUGGGUGUCAUAGAUAUGCAAUGCAGGCUUGUGGAUCCUGAUUCUCUGAUCGAGUACCUACGGAUACUGAAAUCGAUUAACGUUGAUGGUGUUAUGGUGGACUGCUGGUGGGGUAUAGUUGAAGCACAUGCUCCACAACUAUAUAAUUGGAAUGGCUACAGGAGACUUUUUCAAAUUGUGCGCGACUUGAAGCUUAAACUACAGGUGGUUAUGUCGUUUCAUGAAUGUGGUGGAAAUGUAGGCGACGAUGUACAUAUUCCCCUUCCAGAGUGGGUCGCAGAGAUAGGCCAGAAAAAUCCGGACAUUUUUUUCACAGAUAGUGAGGGAAGAAGAAAUCAUGAAUGCCUCACUUGGGGAAUUGACAAGGAGCGUGUUUUAAGAGGCCGAACUGCUGUGGAGGUUUACUUUGAUUACAUGAGAAGUUUUCGGAUAGAGUUGGAUGAGUUCUUUGAGGAUGGAGUUAUCUCUGAAAUUGAAAUUGGCCUGGGGCCAUGUGGGGAGUUGAGAUAUCCUUCUUAUCCAGCCAAACACGGUUGGAGAUAUCCUGGUAUUGGUGAAUUUCAGUGCUAUGAUAAGUACCUGAUGAAGAGCUUGAAAAGAGCUGCAGAUGUCAGGGGUCACUCGUUUUGGGGUAAGGGUCCUGAAAAUGCAGGUUCAUACAACUCCACCCCACAUGAAACUGGGUUCUUUCGUGAUGGAGGUGAAUAUGAUAGUUACUACGGCAGAUUCUUUCUAAAAUGGUACAGUCAAGUUUUGAUUGACCAUGCUGAUCGUGUACUUUCCCUGGCAAAUUUGGCCUUCGAGGACACUUCUAUUGCUGCAAAGCUUUCAGGUAUUCAUUGGUGGUACAAAACAGCUAGCCAUUCAGCUGAGUUGACUGCUGGGUUUUACAACUCGUGCAAUCGUGAUGGGUAUGCUCCUAUCGCAUCAAUGUUAAAGAAGCAUGAUACUGCUUUAAAUUUUACGUGUGUUGAGUUGCGCACAAUAAACCAGAACGAAGACUUUCCUGAAGCAUUAGCUGAUCCUGAGGGGUUAGUUUGGCAGGUGUUAAAUAGUGCAUGGGAUGUAAACAUACCAGUUGCGAGUGAGAAUGCACUUCCUUCUUAUGAUAGAGAAGGCUACAACAAAAUUCUGGAAAAUGCAAAGCCAUGGAAUGAUCCAGACGGAAGACACUUAUCAGCUUUCACAUACCUCAGGCUAAGUCAUGUUCUCAUGGAGAAUGACAAUUUCCUUGAGUUUGAGCGGUUUUUAAAGAGAAUGCAUGGGAAACCAUUGUCCAAUUAGAAAUCGUUAUCAGCUUGAAGACAUUAGAGCGCACCUUGCCUGGGAAACUGCACUGGAAAUGAGCAGGCAUUUGGGUUAACAGUCAUUUGAGAUAAAAGAUAUGCAACCAUUGUGAGAGUUCCACUAAAUAUGAAGUGAGCAUUAUGAAAAAUAGAACUUUCAUAAAUUUGUGUUCGGGAUUCAUGCCCGGUUGAUGUUAUUGUGUGUACUUUUAAAGUUAUGUUUUGGAUUAAGGUCCCGUGGUUGUAGUUUUGUUUGUUGUUCGUUGUCCAACUAAAUCUGAGAGCAAUGCUGAAGGUUUGAAUCUGAGUGGCAUUGCAAACUCAAAUAUGAGAACUGCAGAGAAACUUCUGGCUCCCUCAGAAAGGCCGACGUUAAUAAUGAAGCCUUGUGAAGGUAUGGGGCCCCUCCUCAUUAGGAAGUCUAUCCCUGAAACAGUGCGCUGUAAUGCCAUGUGUUAACGGGAUGUAUAUAGUUGGUGGGUCCACCUUUGGCUAGAAUAUUAGUCGAAGGUGUACUAUGGCAGGAGGGCAAAAGAGUUGUUCCAAUCUGCAAACCCUAAAUCUCAAUAAGCUGUGUUUUUUUCUGUUUUCUUCCUCAUGUAAGAAUGUAGGAUGAUGUGAACUUGUGAACGAUCAAUUUGGUGAGUGAAAAGACUAAUGGCUGAUACUCCAUGUAUUAUUUGUUUGGUUUUGUUUCCACCUAUCAACAAGGUUGUUAAAAUGGUGAGUGAAAUCAUAAAAUCGAAUCGUGCG